CUCAUCGACAAGCACGCCUUCAAUUUGCUCGUACCAAUCUUAAUUGAGAGGUUGAGCAAUGGAGGCAAAUCCUGUUCUCCGACGAGAGCAGGAUGUGUUUGCAUGGUAGCGACCGAAGAGGUUGGGUCUACAGGCGGCCUGGGGAGCGAUUUGCGCAGUGCUGUUUCGCUGAAACAGUGGCUUAUGGGGUCGGCUCUUGUAUGAUGUGGGCCGGCAUUUCCUUCGACGGUAAAACCGAGCUUGUUUUCGUGCCUGGCGGGGGACGAGGAGGCGGUCAACUUCGGACGGGUACAUUUCCAAUAUUCUGCUGGAACAUGUCGUUCCCUAUGCGGGAUAUGCCGGUGAUAGCUUCCUCCUUAAGCACGAUAACGCUCGUUGUCACACUGCCCGUGGAACAACUGAAUACUUCGAAGAAGUCUAUAUCGCCACAUUGGACUGGCCUGCGCUCAGCCCUGACUUGAAUCCUAUUCAGCACGUGUGGGAUGAACUGAAGAAUAGGGUUCGUUCCAGAACUUCUGCUCCUUCAUGCCUGAAUGAGCUGAAAUCGGCGUUGAUUGAGAAGUGGGAAGGUAUCCCACAAGAAUCAAUUCAAAAGCUGAUCAGGUCUAUGAAGAAUCGUCUUCGAGGAGUUAUUAGGGCAAGGGAAGGGAACACAAAAUACUGACAUUUAAU